CGAUCGCAGACCGAUACGGACCGUUGUCGAGUAGAAUUGAAUUGAAUUGAAUUGAUUGUUGAGUGUUGAGUGUGCACCUGUCCAUCGGAGAAGCUGCAAUCCAGGCGAACAGCUAACCGCCGCCAAGACACGCAAAUAUGUGGCCAGAUAAGCAGGCGGCACUACUGCUGGUAACCGCGAUCACCGCUCUCAAAUUGGAGGAAACCGACUCAUUUAGGCGCAACUUUGAUGCGCGCCAAAGCAGCAACUCAAAUAUUCCGCUGUGGAAGCAACGAGCCUGUGAGAAGUCGCAGAAACAGAAGCAAAAUGCACAUUACGUGUGCGAUGAAAAGGGCGACUUCAAGUGUCUUCCGGGUUGGCAGGGUGAUCUCUGCCAGGUGCCCAUGUGCCGGCGGGGCUGCGACCCCAUGAACGGUUACUGCCAGCGACCCGGCGAAUGCAGGUGCCGCAUCGGAUACAGUGGCGAGAUGUGCGACAAGUGCAUUCCGCUGCCCGGCUGCCAACACGGCGGAUGCACCAAGCCCUUCGAGUGCAUCUGCCAGCACGGCUGGGCCGGACUCUUCUGCACGGAACCCAGUUGCCGGAGCGGAUGCCACAGCACCCGGGGAUAUUGCGAGGCGCCCGGCGAGUGCCGCUGCCGGAUUGGCUACGCCGGACGCACCUGCUCCGAGUGCGCCACGAUGCCGGGCUGCCAGCACGGCACCUGCAACAAGCCGCUCGAGUGCCUCUGCCUGCCCGGCUACACAGGAUUGCUCUGCCAGACGCCUUUGUGCGACCCCGACUGCAGCAAACAGCAUGGAUAUUGCCGCAAGCCUGGCGAAUGCCGCUGCAAGGUGGGCUGGACGGGCAGCCAGUGCGACAAGUGCUUUCCGUACCCGGGCUGUGCCAACGGCGACUGUGAGGCGCCGUGGGAGUGCAACUGCCAUCCCGGCUGGGGCGGAAUGCUCUGCGACGAGAAACUCACCUACUGCGUGGAGCAUCCGGACACGUGCGAGAACGAGGGCAAGUGCAUGUCGCUGAGUCGCGAGGAUGGGAGCUACCGCUGCCAAUGCCGGCAGGGAUUUCUGGGCAAGAACUGCGAGAUACGGGAUGACUUUCUGCUGACCUCGGUGGCGCCACCGCGCAUCACGCCGCCCACGCCCUCUGAAUUGGAACUGGACCAGGAACAGGACAAUGAACAGGAGCAGGAGCAGGAGCAGGAAACAGGUGUAGCUAUACCUUUACCCGAUGACAGCACGCUGGGUAACGAGCCGAAGCGCCGGACAAAUGACACCGCAGCUGUGCCAACCGCAGGAGCAGGAGCAGCAGGAGCAGCAGAAGGAGCAGGAGGCAACAAAAACACCAUUGCCACAAGGACGAAAGUGGUGGCAACUGGAGCUGGCAGCCACAAUGCGACUAAUGAAGCGUUAAGCGCCAUUACAACGAGGCGUGCCACCCCAGUGACACCAGCACCAUCGCCAUCGCCAUCACCAUCACCAUCGCCAUCACCAUCGCUUAUGCUAGUAGCAAUAUCCGGGGAAAAAAACGUUAAGGACGAUGCAACAAGUGUGGCAGCAGUGACAGGACCUCUGCCACGCCCCACACAGCUCACUAGCCAGGAGCAAACAAUAGCAACAUUGGCGCCAGCUGCAACAGCAACACCACCAGCAACAGCAACAGCAGCAACAGCAACAGCAACGGCUACAGCAGCAACCACCUCCGCGAGCAGCCACAAGGACAAGCCGAAUGUGGAGGUCGAGGAGGAGGAGGAGGAUGAUGACGAGGACGAGGACGACGAGGAUGACGAGGAUGGCGAGUACGACGAGGAGGAGGACGAGGACGAGGACGAUGAGGAGGAUGACAGCGAUCAACUCAUACCAAAUAUUAUAUAGCUAAGCAGCCGACAAAUGGCUAGUAAUUCUAUUAUUUAUAUCCGGUGCUCAUGAAGGGAUUUGUUAGCUGCCAAUUGAAGCAUUAGCUAAUAUUGAAGAUAUGAUUCUACAAGAGGUUGAAAUUAAAUAAUUAAAAUAAAAAGUAUAAAAAUGAUGCCACAAUUAUAAUCCAUUGAGUACCGAGUAUCUCUCUGCUUACUUGUUUUUCCUUUUUUUUUUUUUAAUCAUAUUUAUUAAUGGGCCACCCAAU